AUGGAAUUGUUAAAAAAAACAUUGGAAUGCUCUGUUACAAUAUGAAAAUUAUUUAAAAGCUAAUUUAAAAAUGGCUUAUAAAUUGACUCCUCACCAUCUUAAACCCGAAGGCUAUCAAAAGAUGAAUGUUCCGUUAGCUAUAGAGCUAUUCUCUGAGUCUAUCUCAAAUGCAAUGAAGUUAUUGAAAGAUGAACCUGAUUGUAUUGAAUUACAUGACUGUGAUAGUACCAUAAUUUUCAUUGAGAAAGUGAACAAAUUAAUUAAAGCUAUGUUGUCUAGAACUCCGAUUGAUGCUUUAAGACCUGCUGAUGAUAAUGUUUCGAAAAAAGCUAUUAUUGAGUUUGAUACUUUUAUAAGAAAUUGGGAGACUACAGCUAAAGAAAAAAUAGAACAACUUAAGCAAAGGAAAAAAAAUGGUGACUCUGUCGAUCUGGAGAAAAUGAAAAGCUUUUAUUUAUCAAUUACAGCUAGUACCCUGACUGGACUAAAAAUUUCUUUGGGGUCUACCUUGGAAUUGAUAGAUUUUUUACAUUCCAAGUGCAAUUAUGAUUAUCUGAUGACGUCGAGAUUAACACAAGACAUGCUCGAAAAAUUUUUUGGGAUCGCUAGAAGUGCGUGUGGAUCCAAUGAUCAUCCUGACCCUAUUUUGUUCUCACAAGUAUUCCGGUUGCUCUGCUCUUAUUCAUUGGCAACACCUCCAAAAGGAUCUAAUGUGACUGCAGGAGAAUUACUAGGUUCAUUAAUGCAGACUAGAGAAUCGUUUGAAGCAAGUAAUGUUAACAAAGAAAACUGGAGUAAAAAAAUUGAUGCUAUCAUUGAAAAUGCAUCUGGAAAUCCCAGUAGUGCAGAAGCAAAUACCGACGAUGAUCGUACAGGUUCUAAUAAUGCAAGUGACAAUAAUAAUAAUGAUAAUAAUAAUAAUAACAAUAAUGAUGAUGAUAAUAAUGAUGUUGACGGCGAUAAAAAUAAAGUUAUUAAUAAUGAUAACGACUAUGAUAAUUAUGACAACACUAGAAGAGAUCAUGAGGGUGAUGAUAAUAACAAUAAAGUGCCUUUGAACUCGGUGGACUCAAGAUAUGAACACGAUUACGAUAUUGCUCAAACUAGCAACUAUGUGAUUUCAUAUAUUGCGGGAUAUGUAGCCCGUAAAAUAGGUCGGUUUUCCAAAUGCUUUGACUGCACAGAGUCUAUGCAGUCAAGAGUAGUGACGGCUCGUGAUAAAUUUAUAGAACUUAUGGAUAAAGGCGCAUUGAUUUAUCCUAGUGAACAAUUAUUUAAUUUAAUUAAAAGCUUAGAAGAAGUUGUGUUAAUGGUGGUUGGGACAAAAACAGUAAAUGUUGACACAAUGUUUGAAAUAUUAGAUGAUGUUUCUAAAAGAAAUAUCUCUAUUUUUGUUGGCUGUGAUGAGCAUAAGAAAGAAUUAACAAAAAAAAUAAUUAAUAAUUUUUUAAUAAUGCGGGGGCAUUUUCUAGUCAAGUGUUUCAAUAAAAGUGCUACGGAGAGAAAAGUUAAAUCUAAAAAAUCUCGAAAGAUUUCUAAAUUACAUUAACUCGCGCUUAUUAUUAAUAAAAAAAAUUAUUCACUCUUAUAUAAAUAACAAUUCAGUAUUUUAGAUCACAAAGAAAUAUUCUAAAUAUACGUUUAACUUAAAUAAUUUAAUUUUUAAAUAUUAAACUCGUUUUGUUUGUAAC